UUGCCAGUAUUUUAUAAUGUUCAGCCAACCUGCUGUGACGGACUACAGACUCUCUGGGUUACAACGGCCAUUGAUUUGAGUGCAUCAAUUUAAAGUGUAUCAAUCACUCUUUUCAACUUCUUUGUUUUCUUGUCAGUUGCUAACGGCAGAUUGCAAAAAGGAUGUUAAAAUGCAGCUGCAGAAAUCAGACAAAGACGAACAAAAAAACAGGCAGAAAGGCAAAAAAAGAGAGAAGCCAGAAGAGUUUUGAAAAAAUUCAAUUGAGAAAAUUCAAUAAAAACAAAUAAAAGCUUAGUAAAUAAGAGUUCAUCCACACGUUCUCUAGCAGGACGCCGUUAGCUCGGGUUUCGAGUGCUGUCAACACCACGGUACGGACACAAAACAACACAAUACAAAGGAGUGAGAAUGUGAUGGCGGGUGGGACCAUUCACACACAGAUCCGUCCUUCCACACACAGCAGCAGGAACAUAUACUACAUUUCCUGAGAAGGAGCGGCAGGACAAGAAGGAGAACAAAUAACAGAGUAUCUCAAAUACUGGUAACCGACGAUGCAAGUCAGCAGGUAAAGACAGAUGAAAUAAAAAUGACAAGUAGUCAAUUUCCUGCCAGUGUCACUUAUUAUAUAUUGUCAGUCCGUUUACAGUAAACAAAACAGACCCCUGUACGAGUCGAUAGCUUGGUUGUGGUUUCAUAAGGAGGAGGUUUGUCUCUGUUUUGUUUCUGUUCUUUCGUCGUCUCCUCGUGUUUGACUGACUCUUCGCGGUUGUGAAAUAAUAAAAACUCCCGAUAAGAAACGCACAGACAAACAUACUAAUGACCUGCUGCCUUUAAACAGUCUGUGGACUUUUCAGUGUGUCGAAACCUCAGCCUCUAUAAAACUUGUGAAGUCUGGAAGAAGAGUCAUCGUGAACAGAAGAAACUCUGCCUCUGGAUCAAACUUUAAGGUCUGAAGAUGAGACGCGUCGUCAUUUUGUUGGCUGUGUUUUGUGUGUGUGAUGGUGUUAAGUUCGGUCAGCUCUGCAGUGGAAACCCGACCAACAGAAGGAGGACGUCAGACAGCUGGGGAUCGGGUCACUAUGGAGCCAGACGGGAAAACAGGGAACAUAAAGGUCUGGACAUCGUGUGCAGCGACGGGUCGAUCGUCUACGCUCCGUUUGAUUUGACUCUCCAGGGAAAACUCACCGUCUACAACGACCCCAAUAAGGCCGCCAUCAACAGCGGCAUCAACCUGAGAGGAGAGGGUCUGUGUUUCAAGCUGUUCUACGUGAGCCCGGACCGAACCUCUGGAUCACUGAGGAAGGGGGAUAGGAUCGGCACCAUGCUGCCCAUGCAGCGCGUUUACCCAGGGAUCACAUCACACAUCCACGUCCAGAUGUGUGACAGGAGCAACCCCACACAAUACUUCUGAUCCACCUACUGAGGCCCUGAUGAACUCACUGAGGUCCUGAUCGACUCACCGAUGACUUCUGUAACCUGUUAUUUGCACACUUCUCUCUUUUGAGACUAAAACAUUCUACUUUGUAUUUCCUGUUGAUCCAGAACUGUUCAGCUUUCGUGAACUAAUAAAACAUCUAAAGGAGUUCUGCUGCUUCUUCAGGUGAAAUUAUCACACAGUUUGUCAGAAGCUUGUUUCCACAUCCUGCACGUUGGUGACUCACAAUAAAUACACACAAAUACAUGAAACAAACACGAUGGACAUAUGAACAUG